AUGAGUGGUCGGUUCGCAACUGUGUUCAUCGUUUUCAUCGUCGCUCUGACGUUAUUUGAUGCUGGAUUUUUUGUCAAUGGAUUUGAUAUCAGGCCUAGUAAGUACAUGUAUUAGAUAUUCCUUGUUAGCUAAUGAAAUAUUUGUUUUAAACUAGGAAUUAUACCUUGUAAACCUAAUGUUUUGUCAUUUCAGGACUUCCGACUUGCCCUGAGUAUACCGCAGAUUGUAAGUUCAAAGAUAUUUUUGAUACUAUGUUAGGUGCCGACACAACGAACCCGCCAUAUUUUCCUUGUAACUUCAUGUAAAAAAUGGCGGGUUCUUUAUGUUGGCCCAUAUUAGGUACAAAAAAUGUAAAAAUAUUUACUUUUAGACUACUUCUUUGACCGCAGAAGUCCCAAAGAAGAAGAUAUACCAAAGCCAUUCGUAGCACCGUGUCAGCAAGGUGAAGACUGUCAGAUUGUAGCUUUGCAAAACUUCUCCAUGUACAUCGAGGGAUACAAUGACAGAUGGUGCCACCAUGACUACAUGAACCUAAGAUCAUGUAAGUUUAAGUGCUCAUGGUACUCAUAACUUAUGGUAUUCGACUUUAUUGUAAUUUUACGGUCGUUUGUUAUACUGGGUUGUUCAAAUAAUUCUGUGCUUUUUAUCUUGGAAAAUUUGCGUUGAAGGGGCACAAAAUUAUAUGAACAAUUUAAUAAACAGAUUACAACCACGAAAUACAGCAAUGGUCGAUUGGGGAACAAAUGAAAGGAGACAAGAAGCAAAGGUAAGCUGGUCACUGUCAACUCGUCCUUACUACUAUAAUCUGGUUCUUACUACUACCACCUUGUUUCAUCUCGUUCUUAACACUACUAACCCCUCCUUACUUUAAUAAUAAAUUUUGAGUUAAAACAAACAUAAGCUGAGCUAUGUUUUAGAUUUGAACGCCCGUAUUAUCGCUACAUAACACAGCACCCGGUUGUGAUGGACGGCGAGUACAAGUACAUGUUGCAAAUCUUUACCGACCACCUCGAGUUUUAUGGAAUGUCGUAAGUGCUUGGGCUAGGUUAGGGUUAUAAUAGAGCUUGGGUUAGGUUAUAUUAAAAUUUAUUUAGGGCUACAAUAUGGCUGCGACAUGGUUGUAACAGGGGUUCGGUUGGGCUAUAAUACGGCUAGGACAGGACUGUGACACAGCCAGGACAAGGCUACAAUAGAGCUUGGGUAAGGCUAAGAUAAGAGUUAAAUAAAGCUAGGUUAAAGCUGUAAUAGGGAUGGCAUAUAAAUCUAUUAGGCUAUAGUAGGGUAGGGUAGGGUAGGGUAGGGUAAGGUAGGGUAGGGUAGGGUAGGGUAGGGUAGGGUAGGGUAGGGUAGGGUAGGGUAGGGUAGGGUAGGCUAGGGUAGGGUAGGGUAGGGUAGGGUAGGGUAGGGUAGGGUAGGGUAGGGUAGGGUAGGGUAGGGUAGGGCAGGGUAGUUUACAAAAACUAAAAUAUUUUAUUUUCAGCGAACCAGCUGUCAAGAUAAGCAAAGGUUCAAGUUGGCGUCUUCACAUUCGUUUAAAGAAGUUCUUGUCGGCCGAUGACAUUAAAAAAGCCAUUGUUUAUGAAGGCUAUAUCUUUAUCGACAAGGAGCGGGUGUUCAGCAUUCGAGCCUUGAUGACGUCGAACAUAGUCCAAACUACUGACGUCGAUUCAUCACGGUAGGUAGUACAAACAAAUUUAAAUUGAUUGGUAGGGGGGGGGGAAGUGGGAUUAAUUUUUUUUAGUUUUUUUAGGGUGGAUCAAUAAAUUUUUUAUUCAGCUAUAUAAUGUUAAUAUGUUUUACUACAGUAACAAGUUUUUUUUCAGGCCAGGCAAGCUGAAGGAGAGUUCGAAACCAUUACCUACAACGAGGUUGCACACAAUCAUAUCUCUGCGGAUCUUCUCAAAGAGAUUGAAGCCGUUUGUUUUGUAAGUACAACUCUGUAAUAUUGUAGUAGAUGGGUAAUAGUUAAGUAUUGGUUGAGUACCAGUGAGCACCUUAUGCUAACAACGUUGUAACAAAACAUGAAUUUACAAAAACUUUGUUUACAAAUGCGUUUUUAGAGAGAAAACAACAAAUCAUGUGCCAUUGACAUUUCUACACGUCAACUGCAGCCAGUUGACUAUGACGGAGUCGCUUUUACUAUCAAUGGCUUGAUCGUACAACAACGUUGGGCCGCGUAAGUUUUGGAAGAGUUGUUAUACCCUACCCUAUCCUACUCUACUCUGCUAUAUCUUACCUAACUCAAGAUUUAGCUUAGCUCACCCUAGCUUAGCCAUUGAACACAGCUGAGACCAGACCAGCCAAGCCUAACUCAGCUCAGACCAGCCUAGCUUUUCCUACCCUACUCUACCUCAUUCCUACUUAUCUCUUACAUACCCUUGCUUAUGCUAGUCUACUGUAACUUACUAUAUCUCACUCUGUUCUACAAUAACUUGAGCUACACUGCUUUACUUCAUCUUCAUAUAUUCUACUCUACUUCACCUUUUUUUCUAGAAGCUAACAAUAGAUGUUGUUUUAGGCACUUUUGCGAUUGGAUACCAAUAUUCUUUAUUCGUCAUGUUCACUUCCCUAAAAAGUAAGACUUUUUAAUUUUUUAAAAUUUUUUGAAUAAUAUCACAUAUGAAUAGUAUUACGGUAUGAAUAGUGUUACAGUAUGAAUAGUAUUAAAAGUACGAAUAGGUAUUACAAUGCUUAACUUGUUCACUUUCAGCCUGGCUUAUCAUUUUGGUGACAUUCCCUCGUUGCAAACUCAUAGCAAUGUGUUUCGAUGGAAACAGUAAGUGGUACCUAUUAUACUUUGUUCGACCCUCUAUCUUUCUCUCCUUUCCCACUCUCUUUCCCACCGCCCUCUUUUGGGGCGAGAAAGGGUCCGGCCUUAAGCUAAAUUUAUGUCGGGCCGUGCCUGAAAAUUAAGGCCAGGCCCGGCUCGAAAAGCCCGGCUUUUUGCACAUAAAAAAAUUAGCCCGGGCCAAUCCGAUGUAUAGAUGAAAACGGAUCGGCGCACAACCUUAAGCCUCAGUGCCGGGUUGGGCCUCAAAAGUGGGCAGAGGGCUCCUCUCUGAAUCCCCAAGUGAUUCGUUAUAUAAAGGUUUCACUGUAUAUUACCUAUAACUAUAAACCUUGGCUUUUAGCAACGCGGAUGCGGAACAAUAUUACGUCUACUAUCGUAACAUGAUCAUGCCCGUACCCAAGCCAAACGACCUGAUCUUCGAUUUUAUCAAAACCAAGACCACGCCAGCUCCGCCGUCUGCUAAAUCGACCAUACCACCCUCUACCGUUACUCCAAAGCCCGUAGUACCUAUAACCAGGGAUUCGGCCAAAGCCAACGAAGUCGACGAGCGUGAUUAUACGGACGAACCCACGGUGGAGACGACUGUGGAUGAGGACUAUCUUAUAACCGAUGAACUGAUAUAUGAAGACGCUUCCUAUGCUUUGAUGGUACCUUUUGUCUGCAUUGGGAUUGGAAUGAUGGUACUCUUGGGCUGA